AUGACCACCCCCAGCCUGACGCCCACCACCAUCUCCGCUCCCACCAAGCCCAUCAUGAACUCCACCGUCACUUCCGUCGACGCCGAAGAAGACGGUCCCCUCUUUUCCUCGUCGCUCAUCUCUCCCGAAAUCAUCUCCAUCCUCCCCACCGACUAUACCAUUCGGCCCCUGCGCCGCUCCGACUACCAGCGCGGCUACCUGGACGUCCUUCGCGUCCUGACCACCGUCGGCGACAUCAGUGAGGAGGCGUGGAACCAGCGGUAUGACUGGAUCGCCUCCCGCAAUGACGAGUACUAUAUGCUGGUGAUUUGUGACGGACAGGACCGGAUUGUCGGUACCGGCAGUCUGAUCGUGGAGCGCAAAUUUAUUCACUCCCUGGGAAUGGUGGGUCAUAUCGAGGAUAUUGCCGUGGAGAAGAACCAGCAGGGCAAGAAAUUGGGCCUGCGGAUCAUUCAAGCUUUGGACUAUGUUGCUGCGAAGGUUGGCUGUUAUAAGAGUAUUCUCGACUGCUCCGAGGCCAAUGAGGGCUUCUAUGUCAAGUGUGGCUUCAAGCGGGCUGGUCUGGAGAUGGCACACUACUAUUGA